CUAAUAAUUUUGGCCUCAAUAUUAUCUUAUAAAUCAAACUUUGAUAUUUUUGCAGUUGCACAAAAAAUGAGUGAAAAUGGCAUCACAACCCCGGAUAAGAAAACCAUCCCAUUUAGUCCCCACCGUCAGCCGCCGCUGUACACCUCCAGCCAACGGCGGAGAAGGGCCGCUGCCGCUGCCGUCGCCACCUCCAAGUCACGAGGCUUUUGCCGGCGGCUCGGCGACUGCAUCGUUAUGGGCCCCGCUUCAACCCGCCGCAUCGACCUAAAUCAUCAUGCAAUAAACCUAGACCAACUUGCUCUACAGGUGGAAGAAAUCGAGAAGGAGCUCGUGAAGCAUAAAGAGCUGACGGGCGUGUACAAAACACAACUAGAAAAUGCACGAGUGUUGCUCAAACAUUGCAUUCAAGUGGCUCAAGACAACGGUUUCUUAGACCAAAUACUAAACAAGGAAAAAUACCAAGAGUGGUUGCUCUCUCCGACAUUGACACAAGCCAAUAUUAGCCCCCAAAUAGCAACUGCAGGCCAACAAUUCCACCCCGAACUUGCGCCGCUUGUGCAUCAAGCCCAAAUCAACGGAUGGUACAUCGAUCCUCAAGAGGUAGAGAUGCUCCAUCUCUCAGCCCAGGGCAGCACCGCGGACAUCUACAAGGCCAAAUGGAGAGGCCUCGACGUCGCCGUCAAGUGCAUGUACCCCGACUUCUUCCGGUCGAACGAGAACGGCAUCGGCUUCUUCGGGCAGGAAGUCGAGACCCUGUCGCGGCAGCGCCACCCGUUCGUGCUGCAGCUGAUAGGGGCGUGCCUCGACCCGCCGGAGAACUGCUGGAUCGUGACGGAGUUCAUGUCAACGGACCUGAGAGAGUGGCUCCACGGCCCCGGGAAGCGGCACAAGGAGAGGGAGAUGCCUCUGCCGCCAAUGAAGGAGAGGAUCUCGAAAGCUCUAGAAGUUUCUCAGGCGAUGCAGUAUUUGCAUGAGGGCAAGCCCAAGAUUCUCCAUCGUGAUCUCAAACCUAGUAACAUCUUCUUGGACGAUGCCUCGCAUGUUAGAGUUGCCGAUUUCGGACACGCGCGGUUCUUGUCGGACGGCGAGAGGGCGAUGACCGGAGAAACGGGUACAUUUGUUUACAUGGCACCCGAGGUGAUCAAAUGUGGACCGUACGAUGAAAAAUGUGAUGUCUAUAGCUUUGGUAUUAUACUCAACGAAUUAAUUACCGGUGAAUACCCUUACAUCGACACCGAUUUCGGACCUUCUAAGAUAGCAAAGGAAGUUGCAGAAAAUGGGCUUAGACCUAAAGUUGCAGAGGUGGAAGAGCAAUUGGAAGGUUUAGUUGAACUAAUUACAAAAUCAUGGGAUCAAGAUCCUGAAAUUAGACCCAUUUUCUCUGAAAUUACAUCUGUUUUGAGAAUUUUAGACAUGAGAUUGAGAGACAUUAAUUAGUUUAUUUUUAUGACCAGCAAUUUAUUGUUUUAAUUUUGCACUUUCCGGACUUGUAACAUUUAAUUUGAAUGAUAAAUAUUUAUUUUGGCUAGUUA